GGAUGAUGAUCAGUCAUACCUGAGUCUCUCUUCAUCUUCCAUCAUGGCUUCGGCCAAAAAGAAACAAGACGAAAAGAACCUUAAAAUACUCCGAGAACUCGCCUCUCAGCCCCACAACAAGAAAUGCUUCGACUGUGGUCAAAGAGGUCCUACAUAUGUGAAUAUGACUAUUGGAUCUUUCGUUUGUACAGCGUGUAGUGGAAUUUUACGCGGUUUAAAUCCACCUCAGAGAGUAAAGUCCAUAUCUAUGACCAGUUUUACCCCUCAAGAAAUAGAAUUUUUGCAAGGAGCGGGAAACGAGAUGUGUAAAAAGACUUGGCUAGGCUUAUGGAACUCUGCAAACUCUCCAGAACCAGAAUCUAGAGAUGAGCAAAAAGUUAAAGACUUUAUGAUUCAAAAAUAUGAGAGACGGAGAUGGUAUAUCCCUCCUCAGCAAGUUAGUGCAUCCUCUACUUCUAGCAGUAACUCUGUUCCAGAGGCUAAGCCACUCAAGCAACUCUUAGGAAAAGAUACACCUACAGUACAAAGUUCAUCUCCAGUACAGAAUACCACCAGAGAAAGACCUCGUACAGUUAGUCAGUCAAGUCUACCUGCUCCUGUCCCUGCCCCUGCCCCUGUCUCAUCAGGAGUUAGUGAAUCUCAGCCUGCUCAAAAACCUGCUACAUCAUUUGAUUUAUUGUCUGACCUUGGAGGGGACCCUUUUGCUCAACCAAGCCAACAAUCUCAAGGUUUCGGUGCAUUUGGUUCACAACCCCAACAACAAGCUCAACAGUCUGUCGGCAUUCCUGGUUUUGAUGCAUUUAAUCAACCCCCUUCCCAACCUGCAUCACAGGCACCCUUUGAUCCUUUCGGCUCAUCACAACCAGCACAACCUAUGCAGUCAGGGUUUGCAAAUUUUGGUCAGCCUCCACAGCAACCUCAGACACAGCCACUUCAACAGCAGUCAAAUAGCUUUGAUGCUUUUGGUGCAUUUGCCUCACCAGUGUCUUCAGGGCCUGCUUCCCAGAGUACAGGAGCAGGCUUUGGACCCAUGGUAUCUGCGACAUCUUCAGCUAGCAUGCCCUCCUCAAACCCACCACAGCAUGCAGGUGAUAAAUAUGCAGCAUUAAGUGCCCUUGACAGUUUGUUUGGCCCUACCCCAGCUGUCAGUUCUAGUGCUAGUCACACCAGCACAUCAAGUAGUGGUACAUCUGUUUUUGGCAGUAGUAGUGGUACAUCUGUUUUCAGCAGUGGUAGUGGUGCAUCAUUAGGAAUGUCUUCAGGUCCAAACCCAUUUGUCAGUGGAGGGCAUCAGCCAAGCCAACCUGCCUCACAUAAUGCAAAUCCAUUCCAGGGACUCGGUAAUGUUGGUGGAUCAGGAGGGGGGUUUGCACAGAUGAAUGGACCAGGCAGAAGUUUAAGUCCCCCCAGCAGUACUUCAACAGGGAUUACAUCCAGCGCUGGCUUUGGCAGCUUUAGCAGUGCUCAGCCCUCCAGUACUUCAUUUGGUCAGCCAGCAGCACAGCAACCCCAAGCAAUGUCAGGCUGGGGCGGCAUGGGAGGACAGCAUGCUAUGGGCGUGCCUGCUAGUAGUGCAAGUCAGAACCUCAGUUUUGGUGGAGCUGGUGCAACAGUAAUGGCUGCAAACCAGUUUAAUAAGAUGCCAAACCAGCCAAACCCAAUGGGUGGCCAGGCAGGUGGGUUUGGAGGUGGUCACAGCAUGCAGGGUGGAUUUGGAAUUACACCAAUGGGUGGAGCUAGAAUGGGUACACCCACCUCAUCAGCUGGAUUUGGUCAGUGGGGUCAAAGCAGCUCAUUUGGAAUGCAAGGGGGAGGACACAGUAGCCAAAUGGAUGGUUAUGGUGGUGGUCAAAGUGGUGGAUUUGGAGGACAGCAUUCAGGUUAUGGAGGACAACAACAAAGUGGUUUUGGGGCUCAACAAGGUGGCUUUGGUGCUCACCAAGGUCAAUUUGGAGGCCAACAGCAAGCAGGAUUUCAUGGUCAAGGAGCAGCUGGUAGUGGUGGGGGGUAUGGUGGGCAGACAGGGGGCUUUGGUGGUGGUGGUGGAAUGAUGGGAGGGCAGUUUGGACAACCUCAACCACAGCAGCAGCAGCAGCAGUUUGGUGGAUGGGGACAACCAAGCUCACAACCAAACCCAUUUAUGGGUGGUGGAGGCCAGCCACAAAUGCAGCAACAGUCUACCAACCCCUUCAUGUAACAACAAAUGAUCUACAAUCAGGAAAACAGAAAUUAGGCAUUGAAAUGAUGGGCAGAAGAUAAUAGAGCUAAGUCAGGAGAUGAGAUGAGAGGGAGAGAGAGAGAGAGGAGAGAGAUGUGAUUAUAUGAUGACUGAAUGGAAUGGAUGUAUAGUUCAGAAAUCAUGAUUGACAGUAAAUGUGAUUAACAUAACGACAUCGUUGUACAGGACAAUACCCAGAGAAAAUGUGCCAUCUUGUAAGAUAUACAAUUCAAUCAUUUAGUAGUUCUAAAAAACGAUGUUGUUGGUAGAGUAAAUUUUUUAUGGCUGUAAAAAUUGUAUUGCACUAAAAUACCAAUUAAAAUUAUGUAAUGCUAUGUACUGCGUUGCCGAAGUAUAAUGACUGGUUUGUAAUUGGUUUGCAAUUUCAUUGAGUUUACACUUCAGAAGCUCAUUUGUCAACAUUUUUUGCAGUCAUAAAUUUUUUUCCAAGCACUCGCUGUAAUACUCGAAGUUGGUGGGAGUUUGGCAGCUUUAUUGCUAUGCAAUUAUACCUUCAUAAAGAGGAAAAUGAUCAAACGAAAAAUAUAUAUCUGUGCUUUUGUUUCAAUUUGCCAAUAGCAGAUAUUAUGGAUGCAUGCAAUUGAGAUGCAAAUGACACAGCGAGCAUUGUAUCGACCCAUAGCCUCACUUGUAUGAUUCUUAAACAAAUGAAUAUCUCAUUGCGGACUCAACUGUAAUAACAGCUAUUGAGCAUGCCUUAACUGCUACAUGUAGAGAUGAACAACAAAUCAGGGGAUGGAUAAUUUUUUGAAUUUGUUUCUUAAAAUUGCACAAAAUUAGCCUGUGUUGCCAGAGGUCUGCAGUUACUUUUUUUUUUCCAAAAAAAAUCCAGACUGCCGGCAAAGCAUGCUAGCACAAAAUUUGCAGACUCUUACCAUUUUCAUAAUCAAGCAAGCGAAAUAAAUUAUCUUUUUUUUAAAUCAAAAGUUACAUUUCAAUGAGCUACAACAAACAUGAAUGUAUGGCUCACAUGUUUAUCAGGUGGUUGUGGCAUGUUGGAAUGUAGUUGUGCUUAUUAUUGAUUGGCUAAUUUAGCUCUGUUUUGAAAGUUCAUGUCACUUUGACUGUAAAUGAAUAAUUCUUUUAGAAAAUGAGCUUUGAUUUAUUCUGCCUUUUUUGUAGUAAUUUAGUGACAAAACUUUGGUAAUUUUCAGAAAUUAUGAGAAACGUUUCAAAACAAAAAAAUUUCCAUUCCCCUAAGAAGGAAAAAAUCAUUUAAACCUUGGUAUCUUAUUCAACUAGAAAAAAUACUAAGUUAUAGGAGAUACCAUUAUGAUGUAUUUAGUCUUUCAAAAUUUGUUUAGAAAUAUGAAUUUCAUUAUUAGGAUAAGAACUGGAUGUUAACCAAGGAAUCUACUGAUGUGAUCAAGUAUGGAAUAAUUUAGCUAUUUUGUGGUAAAAAAUUAUUAAUAGUUUGUUUUAUGGUUGUGAAACCAAGAUUUAUCCCAGACUCAUUCAUUUAGGAAAUACAGGGCCUCCAUAUUUUAGACCACGUCAUUCCCUUGAAAAUAAGAUUUUUUUAAAUUUGAUUUAAGAUUUUUUUGUUUGAGUUGUAUCCAUAUUCAUGUGUCUUCUCAUGUGCAACUGAGCACAACCAUUAAACAAAGAAAUACUCUUGGAAUGACAUGUGGUCUGAAAUGGGAAAACAUUAUACCCAAGCGCGCCCAAGCCAGGAAGGUCUAUAAAGGGCAAAAAUAGAGCUUAAUGAAGAAGUGCAAUGUGUUUAGACAUCAAUUUUUCAGACAUUUUUUCUUCAACUUUGAUUUUAUUAUGCACGGAAGUAGUUGAACAGGCAGAAUAUUUUUCUAUUAAUACAUUAGGCAGUUCUGAUUCACUUGCACUAAGAGUUAUAGAUAUUUGCUUUGCAAAAUAUGUAAUUGGUCACAGGGGAGGGGAGAGAGGGACAAAAAUGAAGCAUCCGUUUCAACAUCAUGUAGCUUAUUACAGCUAUGAAUGUUUCACCUCUGUGCUCUAGAGAAGGUGAACAGAAUUUCAUUCUCUUCCCAAUAUUUCAUCCUUUUCUCCAUUUAACCUGUGACAAUUUCUUGAGUUUCACUUCUCCAAAUAUUCCCAUGAUUGAUUAUUGAUAUCAAUGUGCAUAGGGAGUCCACGUGGCUCCCUAAGUUAACUCUGCACACUGUUAAAUAAACAACUGUAUUGGCUGGCUGUGCUACCUAUCAAUAUAACUAUCUUUUAGAACAGUUGUUUCAUAUUUCUUUUUGUAGUAAUAUUUCAUUUCCAUAGGGGCUAACUUAACCAAUAUUUUAAAAGCAAAUCGAAAUACUCAAUCCAUUCAUUUCAAUUUGUGUAGAAUUAAUAUAAGAUCACAGUAUCCAGCAAUUUCCAUUGCAUGCAGUCUUAGAAAAUUAGCCAAUCAGCAAGCAUUUUGUCAAGUUUCACUCAAAAGUAAAGGAAAUAAUGUCAUCUGAAAAUAUAUUUUGCCAAAGGUCUACAAAUUACAUGUUCUUUCAUUUUUGGUGAAAAAUAUUUUGCUUUUAUAACCGAUAUAAAUUCUUAGGAAAGUUUAGAUUUGAAAAACUUAGUAGUUUGUGCCUAAACUAUCCCUGCGUCUAAGAAUUGGAAUUGCUUGGAUAUGCAAACUUGAUUACAUCAUAAUUUAAAGUAGUAUUAAUGAAAUGGCAAAUAUAUUUUUUGCAUUGUAAACAUCAUCCAUAUGAUAAUAAAAGGUAUGCCUUGGAAGGCAGUUUCAUUUCAA